AUGACCACUCUCCAGCGACUUGCAAUUACGGCGUUCUGCUUGGUCUGUUGUCGCAGCAAUCUCGCAAGAAGCGACCCAGAUGUUUCAGGGGUGAAUUACAUCUGUAACCCGGAUACAUACUCGGACGACUCCCUUUACGCUUUCAACGUAGAAGAAGCUCUUUAUGCCAUACCGUAUAACACGGCAACCCAAGGUUUCAACUAUUACACAGUCUCUUCAAAUGAUCUCGCUAAAUGCUACGCCCACGGAGCUUGCAACGGCGAAAUCUCAUACAAUGAUUGCUACAUAUGCUUAGAAACUGCCGUUUAUCAAAUAAUGAACCAAUAUUGUCCCUUGAGGAUUGGCGGUCACCUGCAACUUGUGGACUGUAGAAUCAGAUACGAAAAUUACCCUUUCAAGGAGUAA